AUGAGUGGAGAAAAUCUGGAUUAUGAUAUUGACGAUGAAGAAGAUGAUCUGUUUGAGGAUGCCAUAGAGGGAGAACUAGAGCAGGAUCAAGACCAAGAUACCGACCAAGGGCGAGGCCAGGAUCAGGAUCAGGAUCAGGAUCAAGAUCAAGAAAUGGACAUAGAUCGUGAUGAGGAUACUGUAGGCUCGACAGCGAUUGAUGAAAAUUAUGAAGAGGAUGAAAAGGAUGAUGUUCCAGAUGCCAGUUCUGAUGAGCGUAUUGUUCCUAAUACUGGUGGUGAUGAGAAUGAAUUGACGAUAAAACAAGAGACGGACUCAGUAGAUGGAAGUUCUCGUCAAACGUUGGGUCAUGAGGUUGGAGGACAAACGAAUGGUUUGGGACAUAGUCAGUACCACGAGAGUGGAAAUGGACACGAAGACACUGAAUCUGAUAUGAUUGUUGGUUUCGAUGGUAACAAACGACAUAAGACAUUCCGAGAAAAAUAUCCAAUAGAGCCAUCCCACGAGCUUAUGGACUGCUCCUCAUAUGACAUUGUUCCAUAUGUGGCGGCCAUUCACGGAUGCCCAGUACAUAGUCUAGCGUUUUCUUGGGGUAUGAAGUGGAUGUUUACAGGUGGGCAAGAUGGAUUUAUUAGAAAAUAUAAUUUUAUGGACUCUGUUAAUGGUAAGGCUCCUCUUACUGUUGCACAGAGACACCAGUUUGUAGAUAGCAUUACAAAAUCAGGAGUGCUAACCUCAUACUGGGAAAAUGAGCAACCUGUAUUUCAAAAGUUAGCAAAGGUGGGCUCAGAUGGGUUAUACGAACCAAUUCUAUCACCGGUAUAUUCGAUGGCUGUACAAUCUGAAGCCCUAUGGCUACUGGCAGGAUUAGAGAGCGGUGGUAUUACAUUACAGUCCGUACGCCAUAACGAGGGUCAAAUCCAUGCCUAUUUGGACAAACAUACUUCAGCGGUAUCUUGUAUAAGGUUAGAUGAUUCGGAGACGAUAGCCCUAAGUGGGAGUUGGGACAAAACAGUGGUAGAAUGGGACCUGAACACAGGUAAGGCUAUACAUCAAUAUAUUGGAGCAUCUGGUCAAAUAUCAAGCUUAGAGUGGCAACCCAAUGGAGGUGCCAUAGUUUCGAACGCGUUAAGGGAUGAAGUAGAACGGUUUAAAAAUAGGGCGAAAGCACCCACUUCUGGCAGCAGCACCAAUGGGAAUUUCGGACCCACCAAGCAAAAUAUAAAAACAGAGAAUGGCGAUGGCAAUAGUUCUGGUAGUCCUAGUCGCAAUGAUGAGGAAGAUGAAGAUGACCGUAAGUCUCUUGGGUCACUCUUUGGCGAUGAUGAUGAGGAAGAAAAUGAGGAAAAUCCUAUGGGAAGUAGUCCGAUUGUAAAAAAGGAAGAUACAACUGGAAACGAGAAUGAAAACUCGGAUAACACGGCAAAUUUGAACGAUAAAGAUAAAACUGAUAACAGACGCAAUAACGAAAACGAUAAUGAGGAGAACAGCGAAAGUAAGGAUAAUACUGCUGAUAAUGAUAAUGAUGACAAUAGGAACGGCAUCAAUGAUGGUGGCACUGGUUCCGGUAAUAAUAGUAGCCCUCUAUUAACAACAAAUUCUGGCUAUGCAAUGUUCAUGACGUCCAGCAUUGACGGUACUAUAGACAUUUGGGAUCGUCGACAACGGACAAGAGCAGCCCAUAUCCGAGUGCCGGAAUCAACGCCGCCAUGGUGUAUGAGUGCAUGUUGGUCUACUGAUGGAAACUUUAUUUUUGCCGGUAGGCGUAACAGUACUGUGGAUGAAUUUGAUAUUCGAGCUAGUCUUGUUUCGCCUUCGCGGACGUUCAAAUUCCCUAGUGUAUCUGGAGCAGUUUCUUCUGUCUGUGCUCUGCCUAACAAUCGCCAUCUUCUCUGUGGUUCUCACGACAAUGUGCGUCUAUAUGAUCUGAAUAUGUCUCAAGCUAAGCGUAAGAUGCCUUUCUUCAUUAUCCCAGGACACCAUGGUGCCGUCAUAUCAAGCAUGUACGUUGACCCUGGAUGUAACUAUAUGGUCUCAGCUAGUGGUAGCAGAGGCUGGCAGGGAAAUUCCACUGACGUUGCACUUGUAUACGAAAUUCGUCCAAUGUGA